AUAGGUUCACUACACAAAUAUCACCAGCUAAUUCUCUGUUUUUCUCUUGGUCUUCUUCUCUUUUUUUUGUUCUUUCUUUCCAAUACUUACCCAAUUUAAACACUUGAAUUGACUAGUUUAAAAAUGGUACUUGUAUUUUUCAUUGUAAUUUUAAGCCAUCUAGCAGGGAUGUCACAUGGACAACUAAAAGUUGGUUUUUAUGGCAAAACAUGCCCUAAUGCUGAGACCAUUGUUAGCACUGUUGUCCGUCAAGUUGCUGCCUCCGAUCAAAACAUUGCUCCUGUUUUGCUUAGGCUUCAUUUUCAUGAUUGUUUUGUUCAGGGGUGUGAUGGAUCAAUUUUGAUAGAAAAUGGGGCAAUUGGAGAAAGACAUGCAUUUGGACAUCAAGGGGUUUCAGGAUUUGAAGUAAUUGAAAGAGCCAAAGAAGAAAUAGAAAGAGUGUGCCCUGGCAUUGUGUCUUGUGCUGAUAUUGUUGCUUUGGCUGCUAGGGAUGCUGUUGUUUUGGCAAAUGGACCUUCAUAUGAGGUGGAAACAGGAAGAAGAGAUGGAAUGAUAUCAAAUUUGUCAUUAGCAGAUAACAUGCCGGAUGUUAGCGAUUCCAUUCAGAUACUCAAAGCUAAAUUCUCCCAAAAAGGCCUUUCCGACAAAGACCUCGUUGUGCUCAGUGCUGCACAUACAAUUGGUACCACGGCAUGUUUCUUCAUGACACAAAGGUUAUACGACUUUUCCCCUGGAGGAGGUUCUGAUCCGUCCAUAGAUCCCAGUUUCCUCCCUGAAUUAAUGACCACCUGCCCACGGAACGGGGACGUUAACGUUCGAUUACCGAUAGAUCGGGGCAGCAGCGGGGAAUUUGACAAGAAUAUUUUGCAGAAUGUUAGGAAUGGCUUCGCGGUGUUACAAUCUGAUGCUAGUUUAUACGAAGAUGUGGAGACAAGGAGCAUUGUGGAUUCCUACUUUGGGAUUCUUGGCCCAAUUUUUGGGAUAUCUUUUGAGGAUGAUUUUGCUAAUGCUAUGGUGAAAAUGGGCAGAAUUGAUGUCCUAACUGGAUUACAAGGGAAAAUUAGACGUGUAUGUUCCAGGUUUUAAUUGAAAUAUUUAUUGUAAUUACUCCUUCAGUCUUUGCUUAAAGCAUUAUGUAAAUUUAGAAGAACUAAAGUUAAUAAGAAUAAUAUAGUAUAAUAUCAGUUUUCACAGUA